CCACGCCCCGCGCCUAUCGCAGAAAGGGAAGCUGCGAAAUACACGGGCCUCGCGACUCGCGCGGGACGGGAGCCCUAGCCUCUUCCACCCCCUUUCCUCCUCCACCCCGCGCCUCCGCCGCACCAUGGACCCGAGCACGUACGCCGGAGCAGGCGCCGGCGGGAAGAUCCGGCGCCGCCCGCUGCCCCGCGCCGCCGCCACGCCCUACGACCGCCCCCCUGCCGCCGCCGCGGCGCACCGCCUCGCGGCCGCCGCGGCAGCGGCUUCCGCCUCCUCGGGGCCGGGCGGGGAGGGCGGCGGCGGGGGGUGGUUGUCCCGGCUCGUGGACCCCGCCUCCCGCCUCAUCGCGGGUGGCGCCGAGCGGCUCUUCUCCUCGAUGUUCCGCAAGCGCCUUGCCCCCGCGCCGGCCUCGGCUCCGCCGUUAUCAUCGUCUCCCGGUGAGCGAAGAAAUACUGAGCCAAAACAGGACUUACCUGAUUCAACAUAUGUUGAUUCAACUCCAGUCCUGGAGAGUGGAAUGGGGAAGGAGAAGAACCCAGCUGGCAUGUCAGAUGACAAAGCAUUGUCUGAAAUAGAGCACCUAUUAAUGCGGAAAACAUUCACUAGGGUUGAGUUCGACCGUCUUACAGACUUAUUGCGUGCAAGAACCAUAGAGUCUGAUUUGCCUACAUCUAUGGUUUCUUGUGAGGAGAAGAACAAAGAAAGUAUCGGAAUUGAUGGAACAGGAGGCUCCACAUCGCAUGGGAUGGCUGUAGAUUAUUCUCCGACUGUUAAAGUACCUAGUCAUGGUAAUUCCCCUGCAGAGCUCGCGAAACAAUAUAUGAGCUCCCGUUAUUCGAGAGAACCCCAAUCAAGUAGUUUGCGGAGCCGGUUGUUUCUUGAGAACAAAGGAGAAGCAAGCAACAUUGCCUAUGAUAGGAGAUCUGGACCACCAAUUGUUCAGGUGCCAAUUGAAUUUGGCAAUGAAAACCCUGGGCUUCCUGUGAAUGGCUAUGUGACCCCAGGAUUACGUGGGCGGUCAGCGAUAUAUAGAAUGUCCCGCUCUCCAUAUUUUAAGGGUCCGAGCUCUUCCAGUGAUGUGAACAUGUCAUCAUUAUCCCAACUAGCGCAAAGUUUGCAAGCUGGUGGCAAGCAGGUCUUAAAACGAAGAGGUGCAGACUUAGAGAAUGAACUUGGGUCUAUUGGUCCCGUUCGUAGAAUUCGGCAGAAGUCAAAUAUGAUGUCUCCUUUUAGAGACGCCCGUGCAAGUCCUCGGGGAAACCUUCUUACUAGCCGUUCAAGUGGUUCUGAUUUCACGGAAGUCAGCUCAUCCAUCCAGGAAUCUAAGUCAAAAAAACUAUUGCUUGGGACUGGUCAAUCUGUUCGACCCCUAGAGUCAUGUAAGAAUGGAGAUGGUAAAUCUAACGAUAACAUUCCACCCAUACCACCUCAAUCAAACAAGAUGGCUGAGAAGAUAUUUGAGCAGCUUAAUAUAAUAGUUCCGUCACCAAAAGAGAAGCAGUCUGGACAACAAGCUGUCACUAGUAAUGCCAGUCAUUCAAUGUCAAAGAAACCGGUUUUGCAAGAUAAUGGGCCAAGCAGUAUGUGUGACAUGACUGAUUCCCUGAAAUUUCAUGAUUUGGAUGGAGCCAAUGGACCCCUUGAUCCAGACUUGAAUGAUUCCCUGUUGAAGAAAGACAAGCUAAGGCUAAUAAAAGAUGGAUCAUCAAAAGCUGCUUCGCCUGAUAAAUCUACCAUUUUGAGGAAUUCAAUUUCUGCUACUACAUCACGGAAACCAGGCUUUAAAAUGGCUGUGUUCGAGGACUUACCCGAGUUGGAUGAUGAUCCGGAGGUCCUGAUUCCAUCCAAGAAUUCAUCAAGCAAGAUAGAGGUUGAGACAACUGAGCAGAAAUUUGAUUCAAAAAGAAAGGAGCAGAAAGUUGAACAAAAUAUAUCAGAGCAAAAGGUUGAAUCAAACUUUUUGAAGGAGAAUGUUGUUGGUUCUCUGGUUAGCGUACAGGCUAUAGCACCAGUGUCUAAAACUGUCUCUCCGUCGGGUUUGCUUUCAUCUAAUGAUCCUGGAAAGACGGAUGCUCCCCAUGCUUCUGCUGACAAAAACAUUAGUGUUGCAUUCUCACAUGUACCUCCUGGCACCCGACCUGGGACUGCUGUGUCAGCACUGCCAGUUUCUACAAUUAAAGAUGAUGAACAGGCUGGUGCUUUGACUUCUGUUUUUGGCCUCAAGCAGUCUACUACGUCAGAUUUGGAAACACCAACAGUUGCUGAUGUAAAAAAGAAAGAAGGACUUGCGCAGAGUGUCACCAAGCCCACAACAUUAGGCAGCACUAGUUCAGAGAGAAGUGAUAAAAGAGAAAGGGCAGAAGACCAAUCAUCUGACAAGGUGACCUCAGCUGCAUCAACUACACUGAAUGCAGCUCUCCAUUUUGCUUCUGCUGCGUCUACUUCACCAAGCCUGAGCAAUGGCUUCUUGUACUCAUCAUCACCAAAGCUCUCAACUGUCACAUGUACUGAUAAAUCCGUUGUCAGCUCAGCUCCAUCCACGACUAUCUUUGCUGUGUCCAAUAGCAAUCCAGCUAUUACAUCAUCUCCAGCAUUUCCAGCAUUAAAUUUUGCUUCCAGCGCUUCAGUUGGUUCAUCGAUGGUAGUAUCAGCAAAAUCAGAUAGCGAAAUUGCAGAGACAAAGCCAGCUAGCACCUUAUUGUUUGGUAUAGGGGCUACUACAGCAGAAGUUAAACCUACAGCCCCAGAUUCAUCUAGCAAGCCAUCAUCGAACCUUCUUACUUCGCCUAUUUCAUCAAACAUUGCAACCUUUUCAAGUUCUCCCAUCACGUCUGUGCCUACUUUCUCGAGCGUUUCAACCUUUUCAUCUUCUCCAGUUGCAGCUUCAAGUGAUGCUACUGGCUCAACUACUACUGCACCAUCUAGCACAUCUUCCACUGCACCUGGUGCUCAGUCUGCUUCAACUGCUUCAUUUACAGUUUCAAGUUCAGGAAACAGCAUUUUUGGGUUCAACUCCCCAGCCCAAUCUACUGGCCUCAGCACAUCUGUUGCUGGUGGUACCUCUCAAUCAUCUGCUGCAAGUGCUGUCUUUGGUAGUAAGACACUGCAGUCGGAGGGCACAAUAUCACAACCAUCCCGGAGCUCAGUAGCACAAUUUGGCUCGCCAUUCUCAAAUGUGAAGACUGGAGUUGAAGCUUCCUCAUCUGGAUCCGGGACCAUAUCUUUUGGAAUUGGAGCUUCCUCAGCUGGUUCAGGGGCCAUGUCUUUUGGUGUUGGAACUUCCUCAUUUGCACCUGGAACUGUGGCUUCUGGGACGACAGCGUCCUCAUCUGGACCUGGGAUUUUCUCUUUUGGAGCGGGAACUUCCUCAUCGGGAUCUGCGACUGCUCCCUUUGGAGUUGGAGCUGGAGCUGCCUCAUCUGGACCUGGGACUCUGUCUUUUGGAGCAGGAGCUGCCUCAUCUGGACCUGGGACUGUCUCUUUUGGAGCGACAACUUCCUCGUCUGGGUCCGGAUUUGGUAACUCGCCAUUUGGUACUGGAGCCACAUUUUCAAACCCAUUCAGCUCUAGCUCUGGUACUGCGUUCACAUUUUCGUCACCUAGCUCUUCUGCUGGCUCGUCAACAGUGGUCAGUACAAGUGUGUUCACCAGCACCUCCACAGCUUCAUCGGCCUCAGCUUUCAGCAGCCCUUUUGGUCCAAGUUCAUCCCCUCCCAGCACGUUCACAUUUGGGCAAUCAGCUUCUUCAGGCAGCAGUUUUGCAUUUGGAGCACAUUCAGCUCCAGCUUUCUCGUCUCAACCUCCUGUUUUUUCAUUUACCUCAGCUAGCACAAGCAUGAUCUCGGCUACUCCACAGCCUGCAUUUGCAAUGACAAAUAACAACACGUCUUUUGGCAUGGGCUCUACUGGAAAUGAUCAGAUGAAUGAUGACAGCAUGGCGGAUGACACUAACCAAGCAGCACCUGCACAGGCACCAAUAUUUGGUUCUUCACCAUUUGGACAGCAAGAUAGUUCACCCGCUGCCCCUGUAUUUGGUGCUCCAGCAAUCCAGCCUGGUGGAGUUUUUCAGUUCGGGGGCCAACAACAAGGCUCUGCACAGCAGAACCAGUCCCUCCCACCUGCUAGUAGUCUAGAGUUUCAGGGCGGGAAUUUCUCGUUGGGCAGCACCGGCGGCGGCGGCGACAAGUCUAACAGAAGAGUGAUCAAGGUCAAAAGGGGACCGAAGAAAAGAAGACAUUCGCGGCGUGAUCUGAGCCGAUUCUAUCGUCUUGUCGGACCGCCGAUGGGGAACACGUGCGUCGGCCCGAGCAUCACCAAGAACGGCUUCUUCCAGUCCGUCUCCACGGUGCUGUGGAAGACGCCGCAGGACGGCGACGCGCUGCCCGCCGCCGCCAAUGGUCCAGACGGCGGCAGCCCGGGCCGGUCGCCGUCGCCGGCGCUGCCGAAACCGCCGUCCGACGUGCCAGUUGCGGCGCAAAGGAAGGCCCCUGAGCCCGUCAAGAUCGCCGCCGACCAGGAGGAGGCGCCCAAGCCAGCCGAGCAGCACGCCAAGUCGGGCGGCGCCGGCGCCGGCGCCAACUCCGGCGAGGCGGCCAGGCCGCGGCCCAAGGUGCCGCAGGUGAAGCGCGUGUCCAGCGCCGGGCUGCUCGUCGGCUCGGUGCUCAAGCGCAAGACGGAGAACCUCAAGGACAAGUACAGCCUGGGGCGCCGCCUCGGGCAGGGGCAGUUCGGCACGACGUACCUCUGCGUGGAGCGGAGCACCGGUAAGGAGUUCGCGUGCAAGUCCAUCCUCAAGCGGAAGCUGGUCACCGACGACGACGUCGAGGACGUCCGCCGGGAGAUCCAGAUAAUGUACCACCUGGCCGGCCACCCCAACGUGAUCUCCAUCAGGGGCGCCUACGAGGACGCCGUGGCCGUGUACCUCGUCAUGGAGCUCUGCGCCGGCGGCGAGCUGUUCGACCGGAUCGUGCAGAAAGGGCACUACACCGAGAGGAAGGCCGCCGAGCUUGCCAGGGUCAUCGUCGGCGUCGUCGAGGUGUGCCACUCCAUGGGCGUCAUGCAUCGGGAUCUCAAGCCGGAGAACUUCCUCUUCGUUGACCAGGAGGAGGAGGCCGCUCUCAAGACUAUUGACUUUGGUCUCUCCAUGUUCUUUCGGCCUGGUCAAAUAUUCAAUGAUGUUGUCGGUAGCCCUUACUACGUCGCACCAGAGGUCCUGAAGAAGAAAUAUGGUCCCGAGGCAGAUGUCUGGAGUGCUGGUGUAAUCAUUUACAUCUUGCUGUGCGGUGUGCCACCAUUUUGGGCAGAGAAUGAGCAGGGUAUAUUUGAAGAGGUUUUGCAUGGGAAACUUGACUUUCAGUCAGAGCCGUGGCCUAGCAUCUCCGAAGGUGCCAAAGAUCUUGUAAGGAGAAUGCUUGUUAGGGACCCCAAGAAGAGAUUGACCGCUCAUGAAGUUCUACGGCAUCCAUGGGUGCAGGUUGGUGGUUUGGCUCCUGAUAAGCCGCUGGAUUCUGCUGUUUUGUCUCGUAUGAAACAAUUCUCUGCUAUGAAUAAGCUGAAAAAGAUGGCUCUUAGGGUCAUUGCCGAGAACUUAUCCGAGGACGAAAUCGCCGGCCUGAAAGAAAUGUUCAAGAUGAUAGACACAGAUAACAGUGGGCACAUCACCUUCGAAGAACUGAAGGUCGGCUUGAAAAAAGUUGGCGCCAAUCUCCAAGAAUCCGAGAUCCAGGCACUCAUGCAAGCCGCGGAUGUAGACAACAGCGGCACGAUAGAUUACGGCGAGUUCAUCGCUGCCACUCUGCAUCUGAACAAAGUCGAGAGGGAGGAUCACCUCUUCGCUGCGUUCCAAUACUUCGACAAGGAUGGCAGCGGAUACAUAACACCCGACGAACUGCAGCUUGCGUGCGAGGAGUUUGGUCUGGGAGACGUGCAGCUCGAGGAGAUGAUCAGAGAAGUAGACCAAGACAACGACGGUCGCAUCGAUUACAACGAGUUCGUCGCGAUGAUGCAGAAGCCCACGCUGGGGCUCCCCAAGAAGGCUGGUCUGCAGAAUAGUUUCAGCAUCGGCUUCAGAGAGGCAUUGAGGAUGUCAUAAACUAGACAGCGCUUGUUUGUGCUCCGGAGAGUUUUACUGCUCGUAGAUGGAGUGCCAGCUUGAGUACAUUUUCUGUAGAGACGGUGAUAACUGGUAAGGCGGUUGGUUUCAUAGGAUCGAAAUGGCUCGAGGCUGAAGUGGCGACGGCUCGAGAUGUGUACGUAGAGGCAGCCAUGGAAAUCAGCCACAGGUCUCUCCUGAAUAGGUUCAAUUGUUUGGUUAUGAGUGAGGUACAAACGGUUUUGUUUGAUCUUGUAUACACAUGUACCAUCUGAUCUGCCACAUUGUUGCUCGUCGUGAUUCUUGUCCGCCGAGCUCUGACGGACUCUGUCC